AUGAAUCAACUGAAAAAACAUAUCUCUGUCAAAUGCAUCAAUUUUAACACUUAAUCUACUAACACUCGUACUAGGAGUAUCUCAAAUUAGGUUUCCAAGAAUUCAACAGACCGCUCUAGAUCUGUAAGCAAAUAAUGUCCAGCCAUUAAAUUGCCUGCUCCUACCAAAAAUUCAGAGUCAGUCUCUAUGUCUAAUUCAAAACCAGUUUCGAAAUUGGGAAAAGUGAAAAUUGAUCUUGGAAAUAAAGCAACUUCGAGAAGUUAGCAAACAACUCAAAAAUCACGUUCCAACAGCCAAAUCAGCAAAGAAGAGAGCUUUCCAAAGAUGCUACCUGAUUUUGGCAGAAUGGAGACUGAACUAUUGGAUUGCCAAGAUUUCAUGCUACAAUUACCCGAUAUCCAGUUUCCAACAACUGAAGACAUUAUGAAAGAACGAAUCAUUCUUGCCAACCGAAUUGCAUAUACUGUCAAGACAAAGAAACGCAUUCCAAUCACAACACCUGAUUUUUAUAAGCUCUGCUACGUGAUAGGCAAGGGAGCAUUUGCAAAAGUAUGCUUGGGUAUCCAAAUAUUAACAGGAGCAAAGGUGGCCAUGAAAAUAAUUGAAAAAUCAACUCUUAAAACAGAAAGUGCUAAAAAAAGAUUGUUGUUAGAAAUUACACUCAUGAAAAUCCUUUAGUAAUACCAAUAGUUUGCUUCACUUUUUGAAGUCUUCGAGACAAAAAAACAGAUCUAUAUCAUAAUGGAAUAUGUUGAAGGAGGAGAUUUGAUGAAAUGGACCAAAGAGAAGCCUAUUCCAGAAGGGUAGGCUAAGAAUCUAUUUAGUCAAUUGAUUUUAGCUUUAUAGAUACUUUAAAGUCAUAAUAUCCUGCAUAGAGAUAUUAAAUUAGAUAACAUACUACUUUAGGGGGAGUAAAUAAAGAUAUGUGAUUUUGGAGUGAGUAGACAAAUUAUCAAAGGCUAAAAGAUAUUGGAAUAAUGUGGAACUCCUGCUUAUUUGGCACCAGAAGUUAUAUCCAAUAAAACAGGAUAUGAAGGUUUUGCAAGUGAUAUAUGGAGUUCAGGGGUAUUACUUUACAUUUUGCUUGUUGGAAAAGUACCAUUCAAAGGAAAUAAUAUGAAUGAGCUAAAUCACAAUAUUUAAAAUGGCUUGCUUAAUUUUAUGGAAAUGAAGAAAUUAAACUUAUCAAAUGAUGCUGUUGAUCUUAUAAAGUCAAUAUUAAAUGUGAAUCCUAAAUUGAGAAUGACAUCAACUGAAAUUCUGAAUCAUCCUUGGCUUAAAGAGUUAAAUUUGAAAUCGAAUAAAGUGUCUACAUAGAAUUCUAACCUAGAUUUGAGAGUCAUUUCUUAAAUAGAGUAAUUUGGCUAUUCAAGAGAGUUUAUUAUUAAAAGUUUGUAGAAAUAGACACUUUGUCAUAUCAAUGCGAUGUAUUCAAUUUUAACUAAAGUUUAAAAAUGA